AUGGCGGAGCUGCGGGGCGGCGGCAGCGGCGAGGCGGGGGCUGGCUCGGAGGGGGCGCAGAAGGAGGGUCGCCCCGCGCUCAUCCGGGUGACGGUGAAGACCCCCAAGGACAAGGAGGAGCUCCUCGCCCCGGAGACACUCUCCGUCAGGGAGUUCAAGGAGGAGAUCUCUGGGCGGUUCAAGGCGCGCCAGGAGCAGCUGGUGCUGAUCUUUGCCGGGAAGAUCCUGAAGGACGGGGACUCCCUCCAGCAGCACGGCAUCAAGGACGGGCUCACCGUCCACCUCGUCAUCAAGACCCCACAGAAGUCUCAGGACCCCACCUUGGCCUCUGUUGGCCCCUCCCCCUCUGUGGCCCCUCCUCCCACUGCUGACUCCGCCCCCACAGCCCCGCCUCCUGCUCACCCCUCCCCUCCCGGCCCCCAGCCCCCCCAAGAGGCCCUCGGGAGCCAAGGGAGGAGGGGCAGCGGAGGAGGAGGAGGAGGAUCGGGCCCCGCCCCAGGAGGCCCCGCCCCCGCAGAGGAAGCAGCGCCCGGAAGCUCCACCCCCUCCAUUUUGGCGGGCUUUGGGGGCCUUCCGGGGCUGGGCCGGCUGGGCCUGGGCUCGGCCAACUUCCUGGAGCUGCAGCAGACGAUGCAGCGGCAGCUGAUGUCGAGCCCGGAGCUGCUCUCGCAGAUAGUGGAGAACCCGCUGGUGCAGAGCCUGAUGGCGCAGCCCGAGGCCAUGCGCACCCUCAUCCUGGCCAACCCCCAGAUGCAGGCCCUCAUGCAGCGCAACCCUGAGAUCAGCCACAUGCUCAACAACCCCGAGCUCAUGCGCCAGACCAUGGAGCUGGCACGGAACCCAGCCAUGAUGCAGGAGAUGAUGCGCCACCAGGACCGGGCCCUGAGCAACCUGGAGAGCGUCCCCGGCGGGUACAGCGCCCUGCGCCGCAUGUACACCGACAUCCAGGAGCCCCUCUUCAGCGCCGCCAGAGAACAGUUUGCGGGGACCCCUUUCCCGGGGUCGGCGGGCCCCAACGCAGAGACCCCGAAUGCCCAGCCGAUGCAGACGGAGAACCGGGACCCGCUGCCCAACCCUUGGAGCCCUCCUUCUUCCUCUUCUACUUCGUCUUCCACUUCCUCUUCGCAGGCUCAAGGGGCCCCUCCAGGCCACGCCCCGCCCACCGUCUCCAACCCCCUGGGGCUCAACACGGCCACCCUGGGGUCAGGUGUGUUCAGCAGUGGGGAGAUGCAGGGGCUGCUGGGCCAGAUCUCGGGGCGCCCGCAGCUGAUGCAGAGCCUGGUCUCGGCCCCCUACCUGCGCCCCAUGCUGCAGGCCCUGGCCCAGGACCCACACCUGGCCGCACAGAUGAUGGUGAACGCGCCCGUCCUCGCGGGGAACGCCUCCCUCCAGGAGCAGCUCCGCCUCCAGCUCCCGGCCUUCCUGCAGCAGAUGCAGAACCCGGAGUCUCUCUCGGUGCUGACCAACCCGCGGGCCUUGCAGGCUUUGCUCCAGAUCCAGCAAGGGAUACACACCCUCCAGGCAGAGGCACCCGGGCUCGUGCCCAGCCUGGGCUCGUUUGGGGCCCCGCCCCCUCCUCCUCCCACUUCCUCGGGAAGCAGCACUGCCCCUGAAGCCCCGCCCACUCCCGCCAUGGCCCCGCCCACUCCGCAGCUCAUGCAGCAGAUGCUCCAGAUGCUCUCCGGCCCCAACGCACAGGUGCAGACCCCCCCGUCCGCGGCCCCUUCUUCCUCUUCUCCGUCUCCUUCGUCUUCUCCUCCUUCGGGGGAGUCCUCCUCCCGCCUGGUUGUGCAGCUGGAGCAGCUGAGGGGCAUGGGCUUCAUUGAUGGGGAGGCCAACCUUCAGGCCCUGCUGGCCGCCGGCGGGGACCUCAACGCCGCCAUCGAGGCCCUCCUCCUCCUCCCCACGCGCACCUCCGCAUGACACUGCACC